UCCCAGAGAGUAUCAGAGAUGGUUGUGAGGCGGACGCCAGAUAAACAAAGGAAACUCCUUCACAGCUUUAAGAUUCUACAGCCCUUCUGAAAGCCACUCUGGUUUUGUUUUGAGGGAUUUUGGAGAGUUUUAUUUUGGAUUUAGUCUCUUUUUUUGUCGUGUGGAAUUUAUGUUACUUUUGCUAAGACUCGCAACUUAGCGGCGGGAGUUUCAGAGUAGGACUUUGUUUGUUUUUUUCCCGUGGCCCAGAUACCAAAUGAAGAUGUGGUCUCUGAAUGUCAUCAUCCUGCUUCUGUUCUGCUAUGCUUCUCUUUUAAAUUGCGAUGGAAGAGUGCAUUUUGUCUCCAAGAACUUUUACAACAUACUGCACUGGGACCCUGUCUUCCCCGGGGAAAAGGUCCUCUAUAGCGUGCAGUACAGGAGUGAUGAAGAAAAUCAGACAUUCCAGAUAAAGAAGGAGUGUCAGAACAUUGCUGAUCGGUUCUGUGACCUGACUGCGGAGACCCCAUCAGUUUAUGACGUUCAAUACCGGGCUAAGGUGUUCUCCAAUGGUGGCGUACGAGGCAGCCAUAAGUUUAAACCGAUAGCAGAAACUAUUCUUGGUCCACCAAUCUUGUUUAAACACACAACCGUGUCAUCCUUGCACGUUAACAUCACCCUGCCCUUGGGGCCAAAUGGAAGCUCAGUCGAGGACAUAAUCAUCAAAAGCAAAAAAGGACCUGAAGAAGUUCAAAUCCAUUAUACCUUAGACAUCAUCAAGCCAAAGUGGGCUGCACAGGUUCAUGUCACCACAACUGGCCGGUUUGUGAUCGACUUGAGGAACAACCAAACAGAGUACUGUGGCAACGUGUUCUACACGCCGUCCACUGAGGGACGGUUGAAGAGUGAAAAUGCUACGUUCUGUGUCACUCUGCCAGAUGAUCCUCUGAUUCUUUUGCCAUGGCUUCUUGUGAGUGCUGCUCUACUGACGACCAUAAUCAUUGUGUCAGUUGUGUACAUGUGCAACUACGUGAAGGCUGGAAAGGAAAAGAGCAAGCUAUUGGUAUCCACCAUCAGCCCUCCACACAGAGUUCUGCCGUCUCCAGAUAGGAAUAUCGUUAUUUCCAAACCGGAGAUCUACGUUCAAAGUGAACCAACAGUUUACUCAACAGUUCGAGUGGAGACAAAUAGGCCUGUACUUGGGCCUGGAGGUUAUUCCCCCCAGGACAUCCCCUGGCAAGACAGCGAUUGCUCUUCUGUGGAGACAAGUGCAGACAGUGCGACCUCAAAACACGAGAACACCGGCGGCCAAUCGUCAGAGAGCUACGGUGCAGUAGCUGUCCAUGUCCCUGCUGCCCAGAAUGAAGACUUUCAGCAGGCUACUAACGACAAAAGAGAACCCAGUAACGUACAAUUAUCUUCCAGUGGAGAAAGCUGGAAUAAAGAGACAGUGAGUCCAAACCUGACCUCACUUGGACUACCAACGUUAUCAGAUCAGGAACCAUGUGAUAACAAUCCAACCAGACCCCUGCUGUUGCAAACAGAGCGGGACACAAAUGGACAACUUGUGUUGCCUUCACUCAUGUUUCAGUUACAGAGCGGCACAGAUGACUUUGUAUCACCUCUUAACUCUGAGAGAAAACCUCUUUUAUCUGACCUCAUAGACUCCAAGACGGAGCAGCCAUCAUUGGCCAGAUUGCAGAGCUUUGACAGCUCAAAGUGGUCGGACUCAGGGUUUGAUGAUGGCAGUGUACACACCCCAACCCAGCUCUACUGCAACACUCACUUCUCCCCCUCUCAACCAGUUGCUUCUUAUUUCCCACAGGGAUGUGAGAACACAUCUAAAGAUACCAUGUUUGAAACAGGUUACAAAGAAAGCUGGAUGCCUGCGAUCCCUCUUGGAAUUGCAUCAAAAGACAGUUGUGAAUACAGAAAGACUAACUAUCCUUGGACCAGGACUGGUCUCAAAAAGGAGGAGGAAGAUAUGGGAGAAGACGAGGUAUCCAGGCCAAUUUUUCUGGGAGGUUGGGACUUACAAGUUCAGGAAUAACCUCCUUGUUUUAGCCUAAAACCUGCUUUGUUUAUGGGAGCACGAGAGACAACAACUGAACACUGUGUGGCUAAUGACGGAUAGGCAGAUGUUUAAACUCUCCUUAAACAAAGUCCAAAUGUAGCCCAAACUAAGACACAUUCAAAAACAACACCUCUUAAUAAAGUACAUUUCAUAUCAUAAAAGUAAUAUAUUAUAUUUUGCUGUAAAUCUGAUUUUAUUUAUUUUUUCACAAUUGUAAAAAGACAGACUGUAUGAAUUGUUUACAUUGGAAGACAUGAUUGUAUAUACAUUGUAAAGUUUACUUUGUACAAUUCAAAACCACUUUUUAACAGAAUUUCAGUUUAUAUGAGUAUGUUUCACAUUAACCUUUACAUUUGUAUUCUAUUCCAAAGUUGUGUAAAGACAGCUUCAUUCUGUUUUGUUUGCAUAAUGAAAGAAAAAAACACACGAUUACACCGGUCAUGUUUGUAUGGUAAGUGGUAUGAAAAGCUGUUUAAAUUACCUUCAUAGAAUUCAACUCAGUCGGACCACUUCAAUCAGGUUUUAAGUGCAUGGUUUUUAUAACAGCUGCAAUGACACAGUCAGCGUGUGCAUUUGUGUGCCAUCACUAUGGUGACACAUUAGUGCAACAUUGACCAAAGUCUAAAAUACACAAACCCAAUCUGGCCACUUUUAAAUUACAAUGUGGAGAGUCAACCUUAAAGAUUUGCUAUGACAACAAACCUGAUUGCUUUGUGGCCGACAAAAAGUACAAGGUAUUGUCAACUUUUGCGCCAUUUAAAAUGAGACUUAAUGACUGAAUUUCCCCUAGAAAUGACUGUUUUCUUAUUUUUACAACACUAACAUAUGUCAGUAUUAUCAGUGUUUCAUACCUACAUAAAAACAAGGAAUAUUCCCGAUCUUUCUAACUCACAACGUUCACAACCUCAUUUUGUUCUCCCCAUUGUUUGCUGUCCUUUCAGAGAAAGAAAAUACAGCGUGUAAAAAUACAUUAGAAGGUGGGGUCAUGGUGCAACCUGAUCCACGCUGAUAACAGCCUGAGCACAAUCUUUUAUACUCAGCUGUAAAGUAAUAACGUAAGGUGUGUUAAAAAGUACAAUGUGAGUCACAUGCGGAGGACACAUUGUACUAAGAAUGUACUUGAAUUAAUGUAAGUAAGUUACAACUUUGCUUUAUUCUGUAUUUGUGUGUUGGAAAGUUGAAAUGAUAUUAUGGAAAUUCUGAAAAAUAAAUAUUGGAGAACUUUUUAUUCACAUGUUGACAUUUACCAUCCUGAGUCACUAACUUGCGUCCCUUGGUUUACAGGUAAGUGAGUUAAGUAUGCCAGUAAAAAAUC